CGAUAGAGAUUCAGUGUUGAAAUUUACUUGCAGAGAACUAGAAGACUCGUCAUGAAACCCAUCAAGUUUUCCAGUUUAAUUGUUUUUACAACUCUUUCCUUUGGUUUAUUGUUCACUGAAGUAUUCUGCGGUCCACAUCACUACAGGACUAGAUAUCAGUAUUGCGCGUCCACGCAAACAUUUUUCUAUGGACAAUGUCGUCCAAUUGGCAGUACUGAACAUUGUCCAGUUAACAUGCAACUUUUCGACGGACCUAACAACCAAGGAUUUUGCCAUUGCGAUAAUUACAGCUACGCAGUAUUUGAUUCUGAAACUGCCUAUUGUUUGAGACUUGACAACGAAGGUUCAAAUGGACUGCCUGUUUACUCAUCUGCACCAUCUUCCAUUCAGUAUCAGGCUCCAUGCCGGUCGGGUACUGCACGUGAUCGAUCUGGGGUUUGCAGUCGUCCAACUAUUGGAUAGGUCUCGUUGAAUACGAGACAUGGUUGACCCCUGAUUAAUGCCGAAUCAAAUUUUAUUUUAAAUUGUACUUCGUUAAAUCAAAUAAAAAAUGUAAUCAAAA